AUGAUAAUUUUUUGUAUUUCGAUGAUGUUGAUAAUCUCGACAUUUGGACAAUAUUGUGACGACAUAUUGUGUGCUAAUGUCAUCGACGAGGUUUGCGGAAUGGCGUCGUUGGAGGACGGCACUCAAAUUAUAAAGAAAUAUAAAAAUUUAUGCUUCAUGAGAAAAAAGGAGUGCGAACUGGGACCUUUUGUGGAAAUUAAUCAAGUAGAAGACGAGCUAUGCAACAUCAAGAAGAGUGGUAAUGAAGACCACAGUUUAGGGGAGAGUCGUCGUGCAAGUGAUUUUAGCAUAGUGGGUUCAUACCAAGCGUGCAACCACACUUGUCCGACCUACUGCACUGAUAUCUACGACCCGGCGUGCGCGCAGAUCUGGAGGCCAAACAUGCAAUCGUUUUCAUGCAGAAUUAUGAUAAACCACUGUCAUAUUGACCUGUACUCUUGUGUUUCUGGCUUAAAUGUGACUAUAAUAGCCCUAAGUAAAUGCUACAAGAAUCCGUCAGCCCUACAUUUUAUGCAGAACGUAGCGGCUCUGAAAUCAAUUCACUUAAUGGAUAAUUCGCUAGAAGAGCAUGAGCUGCGCCGGUCGGGACGCAGAACAAAUUCACCACAACCUAACGAGGACAUCAAAACAAAACUUAAAAAACAUUUAGAAGAAGUCGUUAGAAGAAUUUUUAAUAAAUAUCGUAAAGGAUCUGAACCAAAAUCCUUGACAUAA